UACGAAGCUUUUGGGCGGCCGAUCCACAAAGCCUUAGUUAAAUGCCAACAAGGCCAGAAAGCACGGGUGAAUAUUUGUGAUUCCGAGCACCCUCUGCGGAUUAAUACAAGCACCUAGUCCUCUGAGGUCUCACAGCCUCGUCUGGUACUAUCUUUUUAUUAAUUCAUCUGACGUAGGCGCAUUGGCUUUUGCCACGAGACCACGAGCUCUCCUGAGCUUCAUGCCAAAAGAAAGCCAACGGGGUCCUUUCCUAGGGGCAAUUUCGCCUUGGAAUAGCCCCCAGAGCUCGAUACCCUUGUCUACUACAGACAAGCAACACGAUAUACAGAAUAUCCUGAAGCAAUCCCAAGGACAAGACCAUGCUGUCACGCAUAGGUACAGACUCAGCUUACACCGGUACCCUGAAGACUGCCCGCCCUUGAGUGUCAAGUGGUUUUAUGCAGUGGACUCUCCAAAAAGGAAGCCAGAGCUGUCUACCAGUGCUCGGAACAAAGAAGAUCUCAAGCUGCCACCCCCCAAGAAAUUUGUGCAAUUCUCAACUAGAGACUCUCAUGCCAUUGAAGAAGCUUUCCAAAGGAUAUCGGACAUCGAGGUUGAAAAUGAGAACUUUAGCCACGAACAAGCAGACCCUGGCCGUUCACGCGUCCCAACCAAGGUUCCCGUGAAUGAAGACUUCUUGUUCGAUGUGAACGUGGAAUAUAGGGAGCUGGCGCCAACGUACUGGGUAGGCCCCAUAUAUGAAGUGCGCCGCGGGACCUGGUUCUUUCAGGAAGGAUCGACUAUGAAGCCAUGCGAAGAGAACUUAGCAACACAGCUUGAGGAGGGAUAUCUAAAGCUAAAACCCUGGCGAUGCUUGGACACCCGUCGCUCUCCAUCAACUGCUUCGUCGACAACACUUAGUCACCAAGAUUCUAGCCCCCGUGGUACUCCCGGAACCAGUAAUGAACCAAGGGAUUAUCGAUUGUUCGGCGCAUAUAUGAGCAAUAUAGUCACAUAUCAAGAUGCUUCCACUGCGCUGCUGACAAGUGAUGACUUCAUGUCCAGGGUCAGCACGACCGUAUACCAAAAGCUGGGUGCUGUCGCAGGCACAAAACUUGUACGUGGCUUCAAUGAAGCGAAGAAGCCCACAGAUUCAUCAAAAUGUGGCACCCCACCAAAGCAGACACACGAUGGGCUCAAGCGUCGCAGCAAACUACCAGCGCAGCUCGAAGUAGAAUCCAAGUUGUUGGGUUUGACCGAAUUGACUGGACCGGACAACCCCAGUCUAACGAAUACAACAACAGGGUCUGCAACCAAAGAGCCGUGUAAUGGGGCAGAUGAUCGCUCAGAAUUGGCCGAGCUUGAAGAGCAAAUGCGUACGCAAGAUCAGAAGGAGAUGGAGGCAUCAAGAGACUCCAAUGAAGAUCGAGAUCGGGAGAUAGAUCACUUGGUCCUAGUCACUCAUGGGAUUGGCCAGCGCCUGGGCUUGCGCCUAGAAAGUGUAAAUUUCAUACACGAUGUUAAUGCUUUACGCAAAACGAUGAAAAGUGUUUAUCGAGCAUCACCCGAUCUUCAAGCCUUCAACUCGCAAUUCGCUGAUAAACAUGAAAACUGCCGCAUACAGGUCCUACCCGUGUGUUGGAGACAUAUGCUCGAUUUUCCCUAUCAACGAAUGGAGCAAAGUCGGAAGGAACUCGACUUAGCGGACGCGGAGGCUCCCGAAGAUGCAAUACCAGCAUACCCUACUCUAUCAGAUAUUACACUCGACAACGUGCCUGCUGUCCGGAAUCUCAUAUCCGACCUGGCCAUGGAUGUUCUGCUUUAUCAGAGUGCGUAUUGUGAACAGAUAUCUCACAUAGUGAAAGGGGAGUGCAAUAGAAUCCUGAGGCUUUUCAAGGAGCGAAAUCCUUCCUUCAAAGGCUCAGUGAGUCUCUGCGGCCAUUCUCUUGGUAGUGCAAUCCUCUUUGAUAUACUCUGCCAUGAACCCCAUGAUAGCCAUCAUGCAGCCGCCUCUGUCAAUGCCAGACAGCCAGAAUGUUGUCAAGAUUCUUUUUUGGAAUUUCAAUGCCAAGAAUUCUUCUGUCUAGGCUCCCCUGUAGCAUUAUUUCAGAUGCUCAAAGGGAAGACUAUUGCUGCGCGGCGGGCUCGAGACGAGGGACUCGCAGAAGUAUCGUCCUUCCCAGAGAAAUGCGCAUUGGAAACACCAUUGCAGCCUACUCCCCAAGCAAAGUCUUUUGCUUCACACCAGACGAGCACCGUGAUCGCUCAGAAUGAGUUAUCUGUUUCUUCACCUAAAUGUGGGCAGCUGUACAAUAUCUUCCAUCCCUCUGACCCCGUGAGUUAUCGUUUAGAGCCUUUGAUCUCACCAGCACUGUCAUCGCUCAAGCCGCAGCCUUUGCCGUCAGUAAAGAAAAGUCUUUGGGCAACAUCCGGUCAGAGUCUUUCCAUGAUCGGUAGUCGUGUCGGCCAAAGUGUGGGAUCUCUCUGGACGAAUUUCACGUCAGGUGUCGCCAGCAGUCUUCUUAACCGUAGUCUCGGUCUGAGUCCCGAGGAUGCCUCAACCCGCUCAUCGUCCAAUGCGAAUACUCAAGACCCCCAAAAUCUACCACUGGUCGCGGGUGCUUCUGCGCUGAGUGAAGACAAAAGUCGACGACCCACACUGCUUCACUCUGAUUUGGAAACGCUAUACGGAAAAAUCCAUCGGGACAAGAUUUCAGCGAAGCAGAAUUUACAAGCCAGAGAACAUGCUAGCGGAGCCUCUGGAGCAGAUAGUGGCUCGAAAAGGAUUCUGCUGGAGGAUGCAAAGGUAAGGGCCCUGAAUGCCAACGGGCGUGUUGACUAUAGCAUACAGGAGGGUGCAUUCGAUAUAUCUAUGAUUGCAAGUAUUGCCAGCCACCUGAGCUACUGGACAGAUGAGGAUGUGAGCCACUUUAUGCUAUCGCAAAUGCUGUGUAGGAGGGAACAGUCAUCAGGAACUCAAGAUCGGCCCUAGCUUCUAUAAUG